CUUAUAACAAUAUGGUCGCUUAUGUUAUAUAAGGCUGACUCAAGAUUUAAUCCAAAACAAAUAUUUUUAGGACAUGGUCAAUUUCUUGGGGCACGUAAUGAAACAUUAGACUCCCAGCCAAGAGCAUUUAAACUCGAUGUUCGCAAAACUAUGACUGUACAAUUUUAUAAAAAUAAUACAAAAACCUUGGAGACAUCAGUGGCUCUUAACGGGAAUAUGUUGAAAUACUCAGGAUGCGCUCCAUCAGAUAAAUUCUCGAUUAUACUGCAUGGAUGGAUUCAAAGUUGCUCCGAUGAAUGGGCGCUUGCAUUAAUUGAUCGACUGAGUUUCUACCGAAAAGGCUGUGUAAUAUGCAUUGAUUACAGCACUGUCGCCAGUUCCUCCUACAUGCGGCUGUAUUCAAACUUUGAGCAGAUAACCAAGGCAAUUGCUUCAAUAAUAAUUGGCCUCAUUCAAUACGGCUUUGAUCCAAGCCGAGGAUAUAUGUUCGGCUUCAGUUUCGGUGGCCAAUUGGCGUCUGCCGUCGGUCGCUUUUUACAACCCCAUUUCAUACUCCAGAAUAUAGACACUUGUGAUAUGGCCGGACCUGGAUUCGAUCCGAUUGCUGUGGAUCAUUCAAAAGCCGGCAAGAAUGUGCAAUGCUUUCAUUCGAGUCGCGAUAAAGGAACUUUAAUACACUCCUGUCACAGAAACAUCAUGUUUGGUAGCUGUGGUCUCAGUCAACCCUCGGUGGCAAGUCAAUUACACCUGGGGAGUCAUGGUCUGUGUGUUGACAUUUACAUUAAUACCUUUGACUAUCCUUUUUACGCAUUAAAAUCACCGCCAAGCGAAUGCACUUCCUUCACAACAGCAGCUAAGAUUCCAAAUGAUUAUUACACUGUCGGAUACGAAGAACAUUUUAACAAGCAAGUUAUUGGAAAAAUCUAUGUUCCCACUAGUUUGCAUUAUCCAUACAAUUUAUCAAGAAAAGAGCUCAAACUGUUGGCUACAUAAAAUUUAAAAAAACAUUCAAUGAAACUUAAUAAAAUUAAAGCUUGUCAUAGUGAUUUCACUCGUAUUUUAAA